CCCAAGCAAGCAAACCCACAAAAAACACGCGCACCUCCGCUCCCUCCCUCCUUCUCAUCCAUAUUAGCCAAGCAGAUUCGCCGGCUUCACGCCGCCAGGCCAGGAUCCAGGCUCGGCCGCCCAAUUCGUCUUCUGCAGCUUCGGCUAAUUGCUGCUCUGCCUGCUGCUCGGAUUGAUUUUGUUGGCACGCUCUGUUUGCUCGCUGUGAUUCUGCUUGGAACCGUCGAAUUGCUGCUAUCGGAAGGAAGGAACGCGUGCUGGUGUUUCGCUUCCUCGAUUCGGCCUGCGCGCUGCUCGGGAUUCCGGAUUCGAAGCUGGUGGUGGGUUGAGUGAGCGGCCGGGGAAUCGAAUCCGCGGCGACCAUGUCCGUGCCGACGAUGGCCGUCUACACCAGCCCGCCGAGCCCCCUGUACGCGUCGCCGGAGCUCGAGACGCCCCCCCGCGGCUCGGCUGCGCCCUGCGCCACGCCCGCCUCCCCGUCGCCGGCCACCUCCCACCGCCACGCCGCCGUCGCCGGCGGCCUCUCCCGCCUCUUCUCCUCCUCCCCCCGCGCCUCAACGCUCGACGAGCUCUCCGCGCUCUGGCACGACAGAUCCGACGACCCGCCCCUCGCCGUCGCCGCCAAGGGCGGCGGCUACUCCUGCCCGCAGCCCUCGCCGUCGCCGCUCAAGUGGCGGGACCAGCUCCACCACAGCCCCGCCCCGCUCUUCCACAGCCCGGCCUCCUCGCCGGCCGCCAGGAGCCCCUCGGCCUCCUGGCUCGCCGGCCGGGACCGCGACCGCGACCGCCUCUUCUCCAGCUUCGUGCGCAGCGCGCUCGGCUCCUGCAUCGACUACGCGCCGCUCACCACCUCGCCCCUGCCCGUCGACGCCGCCGAGCUCGCCUUCGACCUCGACGACAGCCUCGCGGAGGCAGAGCCGUCGAGCGAGCCUUACGCUCGGGACCUCCUCGUCGGCGCCCAGGACCGACACCGCAUCUUCCACGACGAGCUCGUCGUCAAGGCCUUCUUCGAGGCCGAGAAGGCGCACAGGGGUCAGACGCGGGCCAGUGGCGAUCCCUACCUGCAGCAUUGCGUGGAGACCGCCGUGCUUCUCGCCAAGAUAGGCGCAAAUGCCGCGGUUGUCUCCGCUGGGCUACUGCACGACACAAUCGACGAUUCUUUCAUGGACUACGACCAUAUCUUCGCCAUGUUCGGUGCAGGCGUGGCUGAUCUUGUUGAAGGGGUCUCGAAAUUAAGCCACUUGAGCAAACUUGCUCGGGACAACAAUACUGCAAGCAAGACAGUUGAAGCAGAUCGCUUGCAUACCAUGUUUCUUGCAAUGGCCGAUGCACGAGCUGUUCUCAUAAAGCUAGCAGAUCGUCUGCACAACAUGAAGACGAUAGAAGCUUUGCCUUUCGUAAAACAGCAAAGAUUUGCUAAAGAGACUAUGGAAAUUUUUGUGCCAUUGGCUAAUAGGUUAGGAAUUGCUAGCUGGAAAGAACAACUUGAAAACAUUUGCUUCGAGCAUUUGAAUCCAGAAGAGCACAAGGAGCUUUCCUCGAAACUUGUGGUAUAUUUUGACGAAGCACUUCUUACAUCUACUCUAGAUAAACUUGACAAAGGUCUCAGAGAUGAAGGUAUUCAGUACCACAGUGUAUCUGGCAGGCACAAGAGUCUGUACAGCAUAUACUCGAAGAUGAUAAAGAAGAACUUAACAAUGGAUGAUGUGCAUGACAUUCAUGGUCUACGUCUUGUCGUUGAGACAGAGAAAGAUUGUUAUCGAGCUCUUGACAUUGUACAUAAGCUGUGGCCCGGAGUUGCUGGGAGAUUCAAGGACUAUAUACUGCAUCCAAAAGUGAAUGGGUAUCGAUCAUUGCACACUGUUAUUAUGUGUGAUGGUGCCCACCCAUUCGAAGUUCAGAUCCGAACAAAAGAAAUGCAUCUACAAGCAGAGUUCGGAUUUGCAGCACAUUGGAGAUACAAAGAAGGCGGCUGCAGUCACUCCUUUGUACUCCAAAUGGUGGAAUGGGCGAGAUGGGUACUCACAUGGCAAUGUGAAGCAAUGAGCAAAGAGCGGCCCUUGGGUGUAGGAAGUUCCGAUUCCAUUGAAUCACCAUGUCCUUUCCCCUUGCAUUCAGAGGAAUGCCCUUAUUCUUAUACCCGCCAGUACAACCAUGAAGGCCCCAUAUUUGUGAUCAUGCUUGAACAUGACAAGAUGUCUGUCCAAGAGCUCUCUGCAAAUUCAACCAUAGUCGAUCUGAUGGAGCGAGUCAGCGCGAAUGGUCCAAGAUUGAGCCCUUAUAACUUCCCAUUGAAAGAAGAGCUCCGGCCAAGAGUUAAUCACCAGCCCGUGAGUGAUCCGAACCGGAUGCUGUGCAUGGGCGACGUGGUGGAGCUGACGCCUGCCCUCCCACACAAGUCACUAACCGAGUACAGGGAAGAGAUCCAGCGCAUGUACGAGCGAGGCGGGUUCGCCCUCGCCACCACCCGUGGCAGUUCAACAAGCUGACAACAUAGCAAUGAUAACCAUGUUACUUAACCUUCUGUUGUAAAUGUACAAUGCCCUCGAUCUCCAUCUGUUUCCUUGUAAAUAUGAACUAAUCCCUGCAGAAGAGAGCAAAGCCCAAUGAACACUCCAACUGAACUGUCAGAAGGUGUGGAGUGAGGUGCUCUGUGUAUGAUACUUACAAAAAUGAUAAAAUUCGUUCCAGAUA